AUGACACUAGGGGAAGGGAUCAAGAUUGCAAUAGACAGAGGAGGAACAUUUACGGAUGUUCUUGCGGUUAUUCCCGGACAGAGCGAAUACGUUUUCAAGUUACUUUCGGUCGAUCCUGGAAAUUAUGACGAUGCUAAUAUCGAAGGAAUCCGGCGAGUUUUAGAGUACACGAGUGGAAAGGAGAUUCCUCGUGGCGAAUUGUUGGAUACUAGUGGAGUAGAAAGUAUCAGAUUAGGAACCACAGUUGCAACCAAUGCACUUUUGGAGAGGAAAGGUGUUCGUACUGCGCUUGUUACUACUGAAGGAUUCAAGGAUCUUUUGUAUAUUGGGAACCAGGCGCGGCCGGAUCUUUUUGACUUGAAUAUUCGCAAACCUGGAGUCUUGUACGAAAAGGUAAUUGAGGUAGAAGAACGGGUAACGCUUCCUGCUUAUUCUGAGGAUGCCACUGGAUAUACCGCUGAAGACAAGGUUGAUGGAAAGUAUUUUGUACGAGGCUCUACUAAAGAAGUGGUGAAAAUAAUCAAGCCUUUAAAUGUUGAAAAAACCAAAAGCCAAUUGAAAGCUUUGAAAGAAGAGGGUAUAACCUCAGUUGCAAUUGUCUUGGUUCAUGGAUACAACUUUCAGGAACAUGAGCUUCAAAUUGGCGCGUUGGCAACCGAACUUGGGUUUGAAAACGUUACCAUGUCUCACAAAACUUUACCCAUGAUCAAGGUCGUAAAUAGAGGACAGUCGUCCGUGGUGGACGCAUACCUCACUCCCAUUGUCAAGCAGUAUAUUGAAAGUCUUCUCAGCGGAUUCAAAGAGGGAUUUGAAAAACACACUAGAAUCGAGUUUAUGAUGUCCGACGGUGGACUUUGUCAUUAUACUAAAUUUACCGGUUUAAAGUCGCUUCUUUCUGGCCCUGCUGGUGGAGUGGUAGGACAAGCGCUCACAUGCUAUGAUCCCAAUGAAGGUACAGAUACAAUUGGUUUUGAUAUGGGAGGAACUUCCACGGAAUGUUUCUAG